AUGGACUGGCUGUCUGAGCGGUCCGAAAAGGUGGCCGGCAGGCUAUCGGAGCUCUACCGCCUGUCUCCGGCUCGGCUCAAGGAGAGUAGGCUCUUCCGGGAACUCCUCGCCGACUCGACCGUCUGCAAGUCGGUCCUUUUGGCCUCGAUCCCCACCCUCCCCACGCGAUCAUACCGCCCACUCCACGUCUUCUACCUCCUCAUCACAGAGCUUCCGGGACCCUGGCCGCCCUACCCCCUGCUCUAUCACUUUACACGCCUGCAGCAGAACGUGCCCGAGGCGCCGCAGGCAAGCCAUCAAGACGACUCCACGUGGCUCGUGCAGAGCACCGAAGCCAUUGUCAAGGAGUCGUACUGGUCUAUUGCUCACUUUAUAGCAAGAUCGGAUGAGCCCGCCUUUUGCUCGAGCGAAGAUGCCAGCAGUAUAUCCUUCACCGAAUUGAGCGACUUUGUCGACACGUUUGCCCUACCACUAGAGGCGAAAGAGUCGAAGCCGGUUGUCGCCAUUGUCCUUCCCAACGGACCUCUUUCGGCAGCCAUAUGCCUGGCCGUCGCCACAUACUAUGUUGCCGUGCCCAUCGACCCAGACGAAGACCUUGACCGGCUGCAGUCCGACCUCGAUCAGGUCCACGCCCAGUGCAUUAUCACGGCGCCGGCCAUCAGGGAGCGACUGUCGACGUUGAGCGCUCAGCAUUGGCUGGAGCGCCAGAAGAUCCAAGUAUUCAUAGCAGAAUCGACACAGAGCGAAAAGAUUCACCUGCGAGACGUUCGAGGGCGCAACGUCUUUCUCACUCGCUCGGAACAGCCCCGGCAGAACAGGGCCGACGAUGACGCCGUCUUGCUCUUCACCACGGGCAUCUGGGGCGCCAGAGGCUUGGUCACGCUAACGGUUCACUCGAUGAUCUGCGAGGCCUUUCAGAUAAUAGAGUCGUGGGAGCUCACACGGCGAGAUACAUGCAUCAGUAUGACGCCAAUUUAUUGCGUCGGAGGCAUCACCAGAGGUAUCAUGGCAGCCGUCGUGUCCGGGGGCUCCGCCAUCUGCGCCUCCAAGCCCACGUCCAACGUCUUCUGGGACGGCCUCGACCGAGGCGAGCCGUCGUGGUGCCUCGCCUCGCUGUCCACGCACAAGCUGCUGCUGGCCGAGGCCCCCUUCCACAGCGAGGCGACGCGGACACACUCGCUGCGUCUGGCGUGCAGGUCCGACGGCUUCAUCCCGACCGACUUGGCGGAGCUGAUCGGGGACACGUUUCACUGCGAGGUUGCCACGACGCUCGAGACAUUUGAAAGCGACCCAGGUCCGAUUCAGCCGUCAACCUCGCAAUGGCGCUCCGUCCGCUUCUCUCAGGCCUCGAUAUCGUCGGCCUCCCACAGAGACCCGAGAGAGAGGCCGCCGCGCAUCUCCAUCACGACCGACUUUUCCGACGCCCGGUCCCUGGGCAGGACAAGCAGUGUCGGCUCUACGCUGCAGUCCGUCUCUCCCCGGGGAACCCUCAGGCGGCCCUCGCAAGUCCCGCCGGAUGCCCUGCCGGCGAGCUUCGGCGGUCUCAGCUACCUGGACGACAGUGGCCCCAACUAUCUCGACGACGACGGAUAUCUGCACAUCAUGGGCACAGCAAAGGAGUACAUCCACCGCAACGGUGUCGAGAUCUCCCCCGUGCAGGUCGAGCAGGCCAUCGAAAGGGCCGGCGCCUCGACCGACUCGCCUAUACAUGGGCGGAUCGCCGACAUGCUGGCCUUUCCGACUGCGCACGAGACGCUGGGCGAGGUCGUGGCCAUUAUCCUGGUCCCGAGCCCCGAGGCCCUCCGCGCCGAUCUCCGGACGCUGCACGACGCGCUGCGGGCCUCGUCCCUCGAGGAGACAAAGUGGCCGCAGGUGAUUGUCUACUUGGAUCGGCUGCCGCAACGAAGGGGCAAGCCUCUGCGGACACGGCUCCGGGAGAGGUUCGGCCUGCCGCCCAUGUCGGACAACACGCCGUACAUGGCCAAGCACUGGGAGGGCCAGUGCCCGCCGCCAGACACGUCCUUCAUGGAGCCCAUCGAGGUGGUGCAGUGCAAGGUGGACAUCGACGCCAUCACGGCCAUCAUCAAGUCGGUCAUCCCCAGCCACUUCCGGGUCCACGUCGAGGAGAACCUGCAGGUCGGGAGCUACGAGGUCCUGCUGGCCCCGGAGCUGCCCGGCACGACGGACCUGACACCCGAGUGGGUGGAGCACAUCCGGCGGCUGAUGCACGUCUCGCUCGCCAUGGAAGGGCACAUGGGCUUCCCGGGCAAUCUGCACAUCAUCUCGGAGCCGCUGCCCGUCGGCGACGACGGCGAGCUCGACCUGGCCAAGGUGGCGGGCAUCCGGGCGCAGCUCCGCAAGGGGUCGCUGCCGGAGCCGAUCCGGGACAUCGAGACGCGCGUGACCGAGGCCUUUGCGCAGUCGCUCUCGUGCCGCGUGGACGAGGUCGACAUCACGGCCAGCUUCUUCGACCUCGGCGGCGACACUGUCAUGGCCGAGCAGCUCAUGUCGGUGCUGCGGGUCGAGUUCAACAUCCACCUGCCCUUUAGCCUGCUGGCCAAGGAGACGUCGGUCGAGGGCAUCUCGGCCUUUGUCGAGGCCUGCAUCCGCGACGUCCAGACGUUCGGCGGCGAGCACGGCUGCAACGAGACGUACAGCUCGACCCGCCUCUGGCUCCUCCUGGUGCAGCUGCUGCCCCUGGUGCUCCUGUAUCCGCUGCGUCGCUCGUUGCAGCUGGUGCUCCAGGUCCACAUCCUCAGCAAGACGCGCUUCUGGCACGACACGUCGACGAUCCAGGGCCGCAUCACCAACCUGCUCCUCUCCCUAUUCGGCUCCUGGGCGGGGGUCCAGAUCUUCUUCCCCUUUGUCGGCAUGCUCGCCAAGUGGACCAUCAUCGGACGGUACCGCGAGGGAGUCUAUCCCAUGUGGGGAUCCUAUCACACCCGUUGGUGGAUGGUGCAGAAGAUCGUCAUGCUGUGCGGCUCGGGCUUCUUCGAGAUCAACGACCACGGCAAGAAUCUCUACUGCCGCAUGAUGGGCGCCAAGAUCGGCAAGAACGUCAGGAUGACGGACGUGUCGCUCGGCGAGUGGGACCUGCUCGACAUCCGCGACGGCGCCGUCCUCAACAAGUGCCAGUGCCGGCCCUUUGCCGCCGAGGAGAACACUUCCAUGUAUCUCGGCCGCAUCAUCAUCGGCGAGCGGUGCUCGAUCGGCCUGCUCUCCGUCGUCGCCCCCGGCACCGAGGUCCUGCCGGACACGCGCAUGGGCGCCAACUCGUCGAGCUGGGAGCAGAAGGACUCGCGGGUGCUGAGCUUCGAUGAGGAAGUCCCGCGCAUCAAGGAGCCUCACUGGCUUGUUUCGCUGUCCUUGACCCUCCCGAUAUACGUCGUCGCCUGGCUCGUCUCCCUGCUGCCCUGGCUGUUGGCCUUAUACCCCGUGCUCUCGGCGGCGCCGGCCAAGAGCACCAUCCCGCUGCGCGUCAUCCUCAACUGGUACCAGGGCAGUCCGCAAGUGGCCUACAACUACCUCUCCGGCGGCAGCAAGGUCGUCUUCAGCCCCAUCAUCUCCUUUAGCUUCGCCGUCUUCGUUCGCUACCUCACCAAGCUCAUCUGGGGCGACCUGCCGACCGAUCCCGCCGCCAUCAAGGGGCACUUUGCCUUGUGGCGGGCCACUGUCAGCAAGACGCUCUUCUCCGAGUCACAGCUCUUCGAGCUCAACGAGCUGCUCGGUCAUCACAAUGAGGCCCGAUCGGGGGCCCUCCGUCUGCUGGGGGCCAAGAUUGGCAAGCGAGUCUGCUGGCCCAACAUGGGGCCCUCGGUUGGAGACUACCAUCUCUUGGACAUUGGCGACGACGUGACGUUUGGCGAGAGCUGCUAUCUUCUGACCACCGACGAAGACGCCUCGGGACUCAUCACCAUCCGCAGCGGAGCCGUCAUCGCCGACCACGUGUGUAUCCUGCCGGGCGUGACCAUCGGAGAGCAGUCGGCCCUCGGAUUCGGCACCUUGACGCGGCGAGGCAAGGUCUACGAGGACGGCAAGACCUUCAUCGGGUGCAAGAACGGCGAUGUUGCGCAUUCCGACAGCUUCGGCGAGAAGCUCUGGGCCAUACAGAGCAUGUCCCAGGCCAAGCCCGCCUCGGCGCCGACAUUCAGAAACACUCUCCAGCACAAGGACAGCGGCGAGACUCUUGUCGGCUCCAUAGUCAGCCCUGUCCGACUCGAGGAGGGCUUGGCCCCUCCUCGGUCUGCUCCUAAGAAGCGCAGCGCUUCCACGGCCCAUGACGAGAACCCGCCGGAGCAUUCCCCGUACAACCGCGCCGUCUACCAGAAGAAUGCCCCCUAUCACGUCUUGACCCCCCUGGCCGCCCUCGGCUUCUCCUUCAUGAUGACCAUCUUCACGUCGUUUUACUGGAACGUCUCCGCACUCUCGUCCAUGAAGCUGGCCGCGCGCUUCUUUGUCGACUGGAUGGAAGGCGUCGACAGCACGUACGACGCUUUGAUCAUAUACGCCCUCGUCGUUGCCUGCUCCGCCGUCUUGACGUCCGCGUUUGUCGUCAUGGCGCUCGGCAUCGUCGUCGUGGCCAAGCGGAUACUCGUCGGAAAGUUCAGGCCGGGCGUCUUCGACUGGGACAAGUCGCCUUACUGCCAGCGCUGGCAGCUGCUCGUUUCGGUCGAGAAGCUGAUACGCCGCUGCUUCGUCGACAAGGGAAUCCUCAGCCUGCUGACGGGGACGCACUGGCUCGUCAUGUACUACCGCCUCCUGGGCGUCAAGAUCGGCAAGGAUUGUGCGCUCUUCGCCAACGGAUACCCGAGCCUGAUGAUUACCGAGACGGACCUCAUCGAGAUUGGAGACCGCGUUGUUAUUGACGACGUCGGCAUCAUCACGCACGUCGACAGGCGUGGCAGCAUCCGCCUCGACCGCAUCAAGAUUGGAAACCGCUGCGUCCUGCGCUCGGGCAGCAACAUCCUUUGCGGAGCGGAGAUGAAAGACGGCAGCUGUCUUCUAGAACAUACUCUUGUGUUGCCGGGCGAGGUUGUAAACGAGAAGUGGACCAUGCACCGAAGGCCUGCCGAAAGAUUUUAUGGCUCCCGCAAGGGAAGUAUACCGAUGCCGGUAAUAGUGUAG